GGAGGCAGAACUGGUUUUGUCAGUUAAUGAUGCAUGACUCCAUCCAGAACACGAGGAAAUGUUAUAACCAAUGGAAGAAGGAGGAGGAAACAUAAGCUGCGACAUACAAGAGAUGCCGAUGUUGACAGACUGUAGGGACAGAGACAAAGAACAGUGGUGAGAGUGGAGAGAGGCAACAGCACUGGGUGACGGUCACUGAACCAUUAUGGUCUGGCUGAGGACAAACAAUCUAACAGCAGUACCAGCUUCAUUAAACCAAAGCAAAGUGCUUUUCUUUCCUGAACCCAGGACUCCAACACGGGUCUGCUCCUCAUCCUCUCACCCGACCGACUCCCUGUUUUCAGGUCACAGACACUAAAUGGACGCGUUUAGUCCCGUGUCCUCACCCCCGCCGCGCCCGCGCUCCUUGGAUUCUGGCGUUGACGUGCUGGUGGAGAUCAACUCUGACGACUUUCAGCCCAGCUCAGAAGAAGAAGAGACAAGAGACGACAAACAGAACCUUUCAAGGCACAGAAGCAGCCCGGAGCUAAAAGGGAACGUGUCCAAUGAGCUCUCUGAUCCAGACGCUACUGAGGAACUGAAGGUCUGCCCCUCGUCCGUCACUCCUGAAGCAGACGCUGGGUCCACGCUGGACGUUCCUCCCCCACUGCCCCCCAAGUUCUACAAGAAGACACGUACAUGUGAGGAAACGACCAACCAAGGCACCGCCUUGAAAGCAUUAACAGAGGAGGAAGAGUCGCUGAACUCAUACCAGAGGCCGUCUCUGGCAGGCAGAGUCAAAGGCUUCAAUCAAAGCUCAGAUGGGGAAAUACCUGAACAUGACACGCUUGGAACUGUGCCAGAACCACAAUCAGAACCGUCACUGCCGGCAAAACCACCGAAAAAACCUCCGCGGAUCCACAUCCCCGGCCGGCAGAAGACAUGCAAGCAGGACGCAGUGAAGGGAGAAUCUGAAAAGAGGAGUCCAGUUCUGCCCAAACCGAAGCCUCGGAAACAAAACCCGGUUCGGAGGGAGGAGGAGGUGAAGGUCACUGACCGGCCGAAACAGCAAGACCAGUUGGACACCAGAACAACUGGACUUGAUGUAGAAGGACCAGAGGGAGCAGCUGAGCUAGAAAUGACCCCCCAACAAGAGGAAAUGCUCAGUGAGGCGGCGCAGGACGAAGCAGACGGACGGUCCAGCCCCGGUCCCGGUCCAGUCCAUGGAACGGAGGAGCCGAGUGUGGACGCACAGGAACCUGGAGAGACAGAGGUGGAGAGACGGCAGAAGCAAACACAGAAGGCCCGACUCCGCCUGAAACAGCUGGCCAAGAACAUCGCCAGUAAGUUCAAGGAGAUGAGGGAAGAGAGGAGAAGGAACAAAGCAGAGGGAGCAGAUCCGGCUGCAGUGACACAGGAGGAGACUGAGGCCCGAGAGGGAGGAGGGGGGAAGGAGGAGGAGGAGGAGCGGAAGGAUGCAAUCACAGAGAUGCCCACGAUAACGAGCAGGUUCAAGAACAGACAGGAGGCCUCCGAAAGUCCCUUUGGCUCCUUCAAAGUGUACAGUCACACGGCGCUGUAUGGGGACCUGCUGUCAGAUGACGCGUGGUCCCGCCUCCUGAGCCUUGAGCAGAGCUCACCUGAAUCCUCUGAGCCCCCGACACGGCUCAGUGGCAGUCUGCCCAGUGGCGCCGCCCCCGAGGUCGUCCUCGGGGCCCAGAUGUGCCCAGAUGUGCCCAGUGUCGACUCUGUGGCUCCAGAGGAGGGGUCUCUCUAUGAGGAUGUUGAGAUCUCAGGCUUCAACCCGAAGGAGACGAGCAGCGCGGCCUCCUCACACUCACCGGAGGAGAACAGUGAUCCGAGCCUCGAGACCAACAGCAUUUAUGAGACAGUGGAGCUGAAGCAGCCGCUGCAGUGCAAAGACUACUUCACUACAGUUAAGCCCCACGUACGCCUGGACAGCUCCAUUCAGAAAUACCUCAUCAAGCUGAACAAGAAGAGGAAGCACAAACGCAAAAGGCAUCGGACCAAGUGGCACCAUCGCACAAACGCAGUCAGCUCCAACACGUCUCUGCAGAUCUUCUCCUCCUCUGUCUUCUACCGCGUCGCAACUGCGGGUGGAGACGAGGAGCAGGUCCACACAGAACCGGACAGUGAAUGUGAGACCAGGCGAGAAAUGAACCACAGCUGAACGAGGACAGAGGAAAGAAGAGGAUGCUGUUUGACAUAAACAGUGACUGGUACUACGGAGCCUCAGCAGAUGGACAUAGACUUUAAAAGUAGUUUUACUUUUGCUCCUUUGUGUGUUUAGUUUUUGUAAAGCCACUAAUUUAAAUGUUUUUGAAGCAGUCGCUAUCACAAUAAAAGCUGUCGUUUUUAUCCUGGCUAAAGAAGCUGCCAUUAAAGCAGAGAACAAA